AUGGCUAUUUUAUCUACGCCUUUAACGCGCCCACAACUUGUUAAUCUUGUACUUUUCGUAAGCAUUAUAACUAUCCUACUGAAUAUUGUUGAAGGAAUACUUUCUAUGUUUUUCGGAAGACAAUCUAAUUCUGUUAGCUUGAUCAUCUUUGGAAUUGGAUCUUUUGUUGAAGUGACAUCAUCUGCUUUGGUCUUGUGGCGAUUUGCUACCGAAUCAUCUCAGGAAACAUCCAUGAUCUCUAUGAAUCACAAGGAUAAAUAUCUUGAUAAAGAACGUAAAGCUACUUUAGGAAUUGGAUGUCUUUUUAUUCUUUUGGCCUUAGGAACAUUUUUACAUGCAAUAAUCUCUUUAACACAAAAAAGCCACCCUGAUAAUACUAUGUCGGGUAUUAUUAUUUCUAGUAUAUCAACUGUAAUUAUGUUAACGGUUUAUUUUUGUAAAAGAUAUUUGGCAGUGCAAUUGGAUUCUUCUACAAUGGCAUCUGAAGCACAAUGUUCACUCGCUUGUAUAAAAAUUACCAUAGUGCUUUUUUGCAGUAGUUUAAUUUAUAUAUUAUGGAAGAAAGGUUGGUGGGUGGAUUCUGUUGCAGCACUAAUAUUUUGUACUUUUUUUUCAAAAGAAGGGAUUGAAAUGAUAUAUUGGGCUAAUAGCGAAAGUUUUGACGGUGGAUGUAAUGCCAAUGGUGUCAAGAAGGUACAAGAUGAUGUUAAUAGUGAUGAUGAAUCAAGUGGGACUGAGGGUGGACAAAUUCAUGUGAUUGGUGAGAUUGAGGUUGAACCGGUUGUUGAAAAAAUGCGCCAAGAAGAAACAAGAAGUGUUGAAACUAAGUGGUGGGGAAAUAAUGGUACGGAUGUCGCAUUGGAAAAUGGUACUAGAAAUUUUGUAAAAAAUGACUAUGGAAAUUAUAUGGUGAAAUCUCUUACUAUCGCGGUAGAGCCGCGGUACCAACGUAAUUAA